AGUUUAUAAUGAUCUGUGACUACUACUGUCAAGUUUGUUUGUUGUUUUCAUUGUUAAUUCCCAAAUAUUGUUUAUAAAGCUAGGUGCUACAAAUAUAAUCAUAGGAUAUAUAGAUCUUUCAUUUUCAUCUUACGUGUACAAAUUAAUUAUUCACUUGACAUUGGCAUAAUUGUGCGAAAUGCGCAGAUAAGCCAUUUAUAAAAGAAGAUGUAUAAAAAACUAGUAAUUGAUGAAAGCAAGUAGCAAAUUGUAUAAAACAUGUCUUCCUUUUUUUGUUUUAUAUGUCAUAGUACAGUGAAUGCUGAUACCAAUGAGGAAACACGUGAAAAAUAUAGAGAAGUCGUUGGUAUAAAUUUGUCCCCGGACUCCCAUCUCUGUCACAUCUGCUGCCAUGUCCUAAACAGGCUGUGGUUGUUUCGUUCGGUCUGCCUGAAGAGGAGUCUGGAAUAUCCUGUACUGUUCAGUGAAAAAGGAACAUUGAAUCUCCAAAGAAAUUAUCUAGAAUUCCACACGAUUUGCGUUGAUGAAUCCUGCGAACAUUACAAAAGUCGCAAUUUAAAUUCGAAAUUUUAUCAGAUCAACUACUUCAAUGAAGACUUUGAUACCACUGAAAAAGAACAAGAAGCAAAUAAAUAUGUAGAGCUGUAUGAAGAUAGAGAAUUCGAUGAUAUAUAUAAUCAAGAAAUUGGUGUUUGUAAUGAAAAAUUAGUUUCAGAGGUUAUUCAUGAUAUUCAAAGUGUAGAUCGUAGGUUUAAUUAUGAUGAUCACAAAUCGGCUAGUGAACGAUCAUUAAACAAUGAUGAAAUAUGUGAUGAAGAAUUAAACAAUGAAAUUAACGAUGUUGAUAAUAUAGCAGAGGAUUUAGAUAACAUUCAAAGUGAUAAUGAUUCAAUAGUGAAUUUUAAAACUGAUCAAGAUCAGUCACAGGUGGUGGUACAGAAGAAAAAGAAGAAAUCUAAAGCAAAUAAAAUAAAUAGAAAAUUUGAGAAGAUAGUUUUGAGUGUAGAAGAGCAGAAAUCUGAAUUAGAAAGUAAUAGACGAAUCAAAAAGUAUAUAGAAUCGGAAUUCAAAUGUUCGAAUUGUGGUUUAGGAUUUUUAUUCAAAGACACAUAUCAAACUCAUAUGAUGAGGCAUGAAGAGUCAAACGGUGAACAUAGAUGUAAUAUUUGCACCCUGCGCUUCGCCAAUCCGGCUGUAUUAAGAUCUCAUAAGGGAUUGCAUUCAGAAAGAUAUAGAUGUCUCAAGUGUGACACUAUGGUUAGAAAGAGACAGCGCACUGCGCACGCGAGGGAUUGUUAUGGGAUACGAGUGGACGAAGCGUCGUGUCAUUUAUGCGGGAAAGUUUUUAAAGAUUCGAACGGGCUACAGCAGCAUUUAAAACGGUUUCAUCGUCCAGAAAACUCGAGUCGUGGUUACAAUUGCACUUUGUGCGGGCAGCGAUGUAGAGACCAGGCCGCAGUCAGAACUCAUAUGAUUAAACAUAUACAGAGAAAGUUCCACUGCGCGGUGUGUCCGGCGACGUUCAGCUCCCCGUACACGCUGCGGCAACACCAGCACACGCACGGCGCGCGCGCGGCGCCGCUCGCAUGCGGGCGCUGCGGCGGCGCCUACGCGGGCCGCAAGAGCCUCCUCGCGCACGUCCGGAACGUGCAUCUGCGUACCGGAGAGAGUAGAAAACGUGUGCCCCCCGCCCGCCCCCGCCCCCGUCGCCAUAACAACGCUAAUACAGCUGUGUGCCAUCUCUGCGGAGCCACGUUCAAGGGGAAUAGUAAGUUAAAUCGUCAUUUGAGAGAAGUCUGCGAGAAGAAUAGACUAGAAGAAGAGUUGUCUACCUUUUACGAGGACCAUGGAAUAUAAAUAAAUGAUUUCUC